GAACGCCCUUAUGUCCUGUACACCCACAAAUUAUAUGCUGAUGGUUUGGGUUCGAAUAAGCCUGUGGUGUUAACCAGCUGGCUUAGGGGUGGUCUCACCCGCCCUCACAUUAAUCUCUAUCCAAAGAAGUUUGAAAAUGGCUUUGCUGGACAUCGUUUUCAGGUCAUGGCUGUCAAUCAACCUCCAUAUAUUUUUCGCAUUAAAACAUUGGAUUUCACGGGUGUAACCCAGGUCCAUUGGGAUGGCAUUGAAUAUCGUCUACUACAAAUGAUGGGACAAAAAUUAAAUUUCUCCAUUGAUAUUUUGGACAACACAUAUGGGGGGAGAAAUGAGAGACCCCUAGAACUCCUCGAAUACAGUGUGGCUGAACGUUUAGUGGACAUCGGUAUGGCCGGCAUGUACGUGUCAACGGAUAAGCUAGAAAAUGUUGAUUUCUCUGUGGGUCACUCGAAGGAUUGUGCCGCCUUUAUAACAUUGGCCUCAAAGGCCCUACCUAAAUAUCGUGCCAUAAUGGGUCCGUUUCAAUGGCCCGUUUGGGUGGCUCUUAUUUGUAUCUAUUUGGGCGCCAUCUUCCCCAUCGUUUUCACAGAUCGUUUAACGUUGAGCCACUUACUUGGUAAUUGGGGUGAAAUUGAGAAUAUGUUUUGGUAUGUUUUCGGAAUGUUUACGAAUUCGUUAACAUUUUCGGGAAAAUACUCAUGGGCCAAUACACAAAAAGUCUCGACGAGGAUAUUAAUUGGAUCCUAUUGGAUAUUUACGAUAAUUAUUACGGCAUGCUAUACGGGUUCGAUUAUUGCCUUUGUUACCCUGCCCGCUUUUCCUGAUACUGUGGAUUCGGUAAUGGAUCUAUUGGGGUUGUUCUUUAGAGUGGGAACGAUUGAUAAUGGUGGCUGGGAGUCUUGGUUUCAAAAUUCCUCACAUGAACCCACGGCCCGUUUAUUCCAAAAAAUGGAAUAUGUCUCCUCUGUGGAAGAGGGUAUUGGCAAUGUUACUCAGAGCUUCUUUUGGAAUUAUGCCUUUCUUGGAUGCCUUGCCUUGGUGGAUCCUUUAAUAAUUGUGGGUGGCAUAACAAAUAAAUGCCGUCAGAUAAUAAAACGUUCACGGCAAUCCAUAUCAUCGGGUUGGUCAUCUAGGCGGGAAAGUAUUGUGGCAAUACCAGGUCAAGAUAUGAAGAGGAAAGGUCAUCCGCAUAAAUCGCGAGAAAAGAAAAGCUUUGGUUGGAGGCAAUUGAAUUUGACAAAAACCACACUGAAAGAACUAUACGGAGAUAAUCAUGAAGAGCUACAGAAGGGGUAUAAAUUUAAAGGUGGUACAACCCUUAAUAAAAAUUCUUAUCACAAUAUGGAAUCGGAAAGUAACUCAGAUGAUGCCUUGUCCCUUAAAUCGACAGUAAAUGAAUUUAUCAACAAUGAACGGUCGAAUCACAGCAAAACCGAUAUUAUUGAACAAGUUGUGGAUAGAUUUCUGAAAGAAGAAUUGGAAAAUACAUUGAAAAACUUUGAUCAAACUUUGGCCACCUAUCAGGAAGAUGAAGAGGAUAACAGUAAUGGAGAAAAUGAUGACUAUAUAAGAUCCCCAGAAAAUAAUGAAGAAAUAUUUGGUAGUUUUGUCACAUCAUUUCUAGAUGAAAAUGCAAAAAUUCUAGAUAAUUUACAAUUGUUUAAGGAACAUCAAGAAAAUAAUGAAAUACCCCCGGAGAAAGAGAAAAACCACACAUUAAAAUGA